AUGGGCUCCGCGCUCCCGGCGCUGUCCGUGGUGCGGGCCGUUCUGCUGGUCCUCAUGCUGCGGGGGCUGCCUGUGUGGGCGCAGAACGACACUGAGCCCAUCGUGCUGGAGGGCAAAUGUCUGGUGGUGUGCGACUCGAACCCGGCCACAGACUCCAAGGGCUCCUCUUCUUCCCCUCUGGGGAUAUCGGUCCGGGCGGCCAACUCCAAGGUGGCCUUCUCGGCGGUGCGGAGCACCAACCACGAGCCAUCCGAGAUGAGCAACAAGACGAGAAUCAUAUACUUCGAUCAGAUCCUAGUUAAUGUGGGUAAUUUUUUCACGUUGGAGUCUGUCUUUGUAGCACCAAGGAAAGGAAUUUACAGUUUCAGUUUUCAUGUAAUUAAAGUCUACCAGAGCCAAACAAUCCAGGUUAACUUGAUGUUGAAUGGAAAACCAGUAAUAUCUGCAUUUGCUGGGGACAAAGAUGUUACUCGUGAAGCUGCCACCAAUGGAGUCCUACUCUAUCUGGACAAAGAAGAUAAGGUUUACCUAAAACUGGAGAAAGGUAACUUGGUUGGAGGCUGGCAGUAUUCCACGUUCUCUGGCUUUCUGGUGUUUCCCCUAUAGAAUUUGAUUUCUCCAUGAACUUCAUCAAAGUGAGGGCUGACCC